AGCAAAUAUUUGCUGAAGGCUUUCAGCUUCAAACCUUAACCUUUUAACUUUAACUUUGAAUGGAAGAACAUCAUCAGAAGGGUAACAGGAGAACUGCUGAGUUGAAAUACAUUCACUCGGCCUCCAAAACCAACGCUAUGAAAACAGCCUUCUUCCUUAUCCUCUUCCUGGCGGAAGUGUGGAUGGUAUUGGGCACUGCUAAGGACUGGGGACCAGGGAAGAUGGAAACAGACCUGGAGGUUUUGAGGAAUCACACCCUCCUUAACCACAAGAAAACGGAUGGAGACAAACAUCCCCAGGGGAAAGACACCUCAACAUCAGCUGAGGAGGAGGAGCAGCCUCAGCCAGUAUUGGAUAGGGAGAAACUCUUAGAAAAGAAUGCCAACUUUGGGUUCAACCUGUUCCGGAAAAUAGCUAUGAAACACGAUGGCAACAUAGUUUUCUCUCCUUUCUGCCUUUCCUUUGCCAUGAAUACUUUAUUGUUGGCAGCCAGAGGGCAGACCCGAUCCCAAAUCUUGGAGGGCCUGGACUUGCAGGAUCUAAGUGGUACACAGACAACUUUCUUGCCUUCUCUCUUCAAGGAGCUCAAAGACAACAUCUCCCUAAACCAGGAGCUGGCUUUAUUGAAAGGGAGUUUUGCUUUUAUCCACAAGGAUUUUGAUAUCAAAGAGACGUUCGUCAAUUUGUCCAAGCAAUAUUUUGACAUGGAGUAUGUACCUGUGAAUUUCCACAAUGUUACACAGGCCAAGAGUUUCAUGAAUCAUUAUGUGAACAAGGAGACUAAGGGGAAAAUUCCCAAGCUCUUUGAUAAUGUUAACACGGAAGCUAAAUUAAUUCUUGUGGAUUACAUCCUAUUUAAUGGUAAAUGGCUAUCUGCAUUUGAUCCUCUUUUCACUGAAGUUGAAACCUUCCACCUGGACAAAUACAGAACCACCAAGGUGCCUAUGAUGUAUAGGUCUGAAAAGUUUGCUUCAACCUUUGAUAGGAACUUACGUUGCCAUGUCCUCAAAUUACCCUACCGGGGAAAUGCAAGCAUGUUAGUGGUCCUUGGGGAUAAAAUGGGGGAUUACUUUGCCAUUGAAGACUACCUAACUGUAGAGCUGGUGGACAAAUGGAUCAGCAACAUGGAAACCAGAAAAAUGGACGUUUUCUUUCCAAAGUUCAAGCUAGAUCAGAAGUAUGAGAUACAAGAACUCCUUAAGCAGAUGGGAAUAAGAGCGAUAUUCUCACCCAAGGCCGAUCUGAGUGAACUCUCGGGUCCAGCAAGGAAUCUGAAAGUGUCUAAGAUUACGCAGAGAACAGUAAUUGAAGUCAAUGAGAGAGGAACUGAAGCAGCAGCUGGAACAAUGUCAGAAAUUAUUGCCUACUCGAUGCCUCCAAUCAUCAGAGUAGACCAUCCAUUCCACUUCAUGAUCUACGAAGAGACAUCUAAAAGUCUGCUCUUCCUGGGCAGGGUGGUCAACCCAUCUCUUCUAUAAUUCAUGACAUGUAAAAUGUCUUAUACUACCAAAGGUACAUAUGAGAAUACGUAAGAUAGAGGUGAGGCGGGAAGAGGGUUGUCCUCAUCCCGUGUUAGUUUUGGUUGUAGUUCUGGGUUCAUGUGGAAAUCUGCUGGGAAUAAAGAUGAUUUUAUGAAAA